UCAUAUUUCACAAUUCUCCUCUUUCUCUAUUUCUUUCUCUUAGUUUCUGAUCAAUAGUUCUAUAGUUAGUAAAAUAUAUCACUCUUAGCGUUUUAUAUAUAAUGUUUGGAAACAAAGAAAAUAUUGAAAUACUUUUUAGAGUUAAUUUUAUUCUAUGGAAGUUCCAUAGGAAUAUUUAUCCUUCGAAAAAAAUAAUUUCAUGAUUUUUCACGUCCUAUUUUAAUGUGUCACGAAGACUUCGAUGUCAAAAGUUCGAUAAGAAUAUCAAAAAGCAAUAUCUCUCUUCUCUUCUUAUUAUGAUCUAUUCUGAAAGGAAAACUGAUAUUUAUUUUCCAAACUACGUUUUAUAUUUUUUGUAUUUAUAUCAUAUCUAUGUAUGUAUAUCUUGUAUUUUAUAUCAAGAAUAAAGGAAGCCAUGAGCGUUUCACGUGUCUACGAUAAAGGGAAAAUAUUGUCUCAAUGAUUUGUCACUCUUGAGAGAAAACCCUGUCACUUAUUGUUUGGAUCCAUGUCCAGAUCAAUCGUACUGUUGGCUUUAGGAGUCUACUUCCAUUAUAUUAGAAUACCUAUUGUAUUAUUUACUGUAUUGUCUGAUAAACUAUAAUAUAAUCGUAAUACCUAUUGUAUUCUCUGAUAAAUUAUAGCAUAGAAAUACAGUAAAGAACUCGCGACAGAUUUUCUCCCAAAAUCUCUCUCUCUCUCUUUCUUUUUCUCUCUUUCUCUCUCUUUUUCUCUUUCUAUCUAUCUUGUAGGACGAAAAUUGUCAGUAAGUUCGUCCUUGCGGAAAUUUCAAUUAAACUAUCCACUGCAAGGUCGGUGCUCGUCAAAGACACUCGUGUUCGCACAAGUUACUAAAAUUCAUUCGCAAACUCGCGUCCGUUUAAUUGCAUUGAGAAAACGUUUAGGACAGACAAUCUCCGUGAUCCACGACAUUUCCUUGGCUGCCAAAGGAGGAAAUAUACCGACGUUAAAGUGCAUUGCCGAAAGAGAAAGGGGAACUUAGUCUAUGGCUGCUAUGAGCCGAUUCGCAUCAUUCAGUGCGUGAUCCUUAACGUAUAUGUUCAAACGUUCCUUUCUUUGCGGAACGAGGUUCAUCAAAGAAUUUCAUUUGACGGAAGUGUUAGCUAAGUGUUUAAUUUAUUUGAUUUAAAAGAGAUCCGAAAGAACAAAUAUACGUUUCUCGUCAAUAUCGAGAAAAAGAAGAGGAAUCUAGUCUAUUAUUAAGAAGAAAGAGAAGAAGAAGACAAAGAAGAAGGAGAAGAAGAAGAAGAAAAAUAAGACGAAGAAGAAGAAAAAGAAGGUUCAUUCAUGAAUCCUCGAUAAAUCGAACGCUACGACUUUCGUUCGUUCGUUAAUUCGUUCUUUCGAUAGAAGUUGUAAAACGACAAAAGAAGUGAGAGAAUUCGCGCUCUUUAUCAUCGAAUUGUUUAUCGAAGGAGUUAUUCUUAAAAGUAAGAAAAAAGAAACAAAUAACAAAAUAGGAAAGGAGAAGAAACUUUGUGUGAACGUGUUGUAAAUUUUUAAAGUCUUAAGAUAGGACCAUUCAAGAAUGUUGAGUAGAUCGAGUAGAAACGAAAGAAUCUAUCGCGAUAAUCUUACAGCGUCGUUUAAUAUUUUGAUAUAUUAACAUCGAAAUUUUUGUCAUCAAAAUGACGCCAUCUUAAACGAUUUCAUUGGUUUUUCCCAAGGAAGAAAAUAAAAAGAUAUAACUGAAUUAAGUUCGUCGACUAUUAAGAGAAAUAAAUAUGGCACGAUAUUUGAGUUGUUCAUUGGUGAUACUCGGAGUCGUCGAUUUGGCUAUUUCUAGAAACGAAUCAAACAUUCUGCGACUGAGCAAAUCUCCAAAAUUGACGGCUACUGUUGUCAAGGUGAUGAAAAAUGAUAUUAAUAAUUCUAGCGAUUAUAUUGAAGAAAGAAAUUUAACGAGAACGAACGAGCCAUUGAUUAGCUUCAGCAAAAAUAAUCCUGAAUUAGAUUGGAAAAAUCACGUUAAGAUCGCAGCAGAAAAUGAGGAGGAACGUCGUGAUUUGGACGUUGAUUUUAUGAAUGAAAAACUCGAGAGAACUGCGAAUAGCAUUCAAUGGCUCUCGGAUCUGUAUGAUCCACUUAAGUGGACGAGAGUACCUGGAGAACUUCAGGAUGAAUGUAGAAAGGAUAUGGAUUGGUUUCUCAAGUCUCUUAAGAAUGGAAAGCUUUGGGCUGCUAAGAUGUCCGACGCAAGUGGCCGAUAUUCCUCGCAAUUUCAUUUUGGAAAUGACUUUUGGUUGGGCUCGAGUACACUAUGCAAAGAGAUCAACGUAACGAACGAGAAAAAUCUAACGGGUGGCUCGAAAAAUGCACCACCUUAUUCUGUCAGCUUUCACGUUGCAAGGAUGUACCUGACUUUACCAAAGGAACUUGAAUUAUCGACACGACAAGUAUUUUUGGGUCUUUGCCUGCCAAGUUCUUGCGAUCGGCCGUCCUUGAUGUCAAUGUUAAGAGCCAGCGCGGAUCGAGUCGAACGAGAGGGUAAUUCUACAUAUCGAUCGGUUGGUCCGAAAAUUCACAUUUUCACCGUGAAACCGGUGCCGUUAAGCGACUACAGUGUUUGGCAAGAUCCCAAGUUCUACAUCCUCGCCACCAUCGGCGGAAGUAUACUUUUUUUAAUGAUAUGUGCCACGAUUUACGAGCAAAGUAUCGUGAUAGAAAGCACGGAUAUCGAGUCUUCGAACGUGACCAAUAAUAACGAGAAAGUGAUUAAUUUUACGGAUAAAAAUUUAACACAGAACAGUUGUAUCUCGAUUGUACAAGAAAAUGGCGAGGAAUUGAUCGACAAAGGAUCGAACGACAUACAAAAGGAUAUAAGCAUUCAGAUAAAGGAUGAUAACGAGAGAGGAUUUUGGGCGAAAUGUCUACUCGCUUUCAGUCCUACCGUAAAUGGUGGAAAAAUUAUCAGCACCGAGCCAGCUGCUAGAGACAGUUUGACCUGCCUUCACGGUCUUCGAGUCUUUUCAUUAGGAUGGGUCGUAAUGGUCCACACGUAUCUCCAAGUUUUUGCUAUAGCAGAGAAUAAAACGCUACGUACUGUCACCGAGAGGAAUUUUAUGUUCCAGACGAUCAGCAAUGCUACUUUCUCGGUCGAUACAUUCUUUUUCAUCAGUGGUCUUCUGGUCACGAUCUUGUUCUAUCGAUCUUUAGGAAGCUUGAAAAUUGAUAAAAACGAUUUUCUGAAAACUAGCACGAGCAAGUUCAUCAUUAUGAUUCUUUAUAGAUUCGUAAGAUUGACACCGGCUUAUCUCUUCGUCCUUGGGAUUAACGAAAUCUCUAUAAAACAGGUCCAAGCGAGAACCGUCUUUACGCCGGAGAUCGCUAAUCAUUUGAACUGUGACAAAUUUUGGUGGAGGAACGCUCUCUACUUGAACUCAUUAUAUCCUCGCAAAGAGAUGUGUAUGCUGUGGAGUUGGUAUAUGUCAAACGAUACGCAGUUCUACGUUCUCGGUAUACUUCUCCUUCUUUUCUCCGUGAAAUAUAAGAAAAUUGUAAUCAGCCUGGUGAUAGUCCUUAUCAUAUCUUCUUGCUUCACAACUUUCUCCGUAGCAUAUGCCAAUGACUACAUCGCAAGAAUACAAGAACCAUUUGCCCUUUUUGACGAACUCUACGAUAAGCCUUGGUUAAGAGCCGGUCCUUAUUUCGUUGGUACCAUUACAGGAUAUUUUUUAUUCAAAACCAACUGCAAGAUAGAACUAUCUUUGUGCGCAAAGUUGAUAGGCUGGUUGCUGUCAGGAUUGAUAAUGUUCUCAGUGGUCUACGGUUUAUAUCCAGCUAAUUUAACGGUAGUAGUGAGUUCAAUUUACGCGGCCUUAGGUCAUACUGCCUGGGCAAUAGCAGUGGCCUUCAUCGUGAUCCAGUGUUGUACCGGUUCAGCUAAAAUGGUAGACAGCCUUCUGUCUUUGAGGCUGAUGUAUCCGCUAUCACGGCUAACUUAUUGCGCUUAUUUGGUGCAUCCUGUCAUCAUGAUGAUCACCGUUGCGCAAAUGGAUGGCCCGUUGCACCUUCAUAACGGUAUUGUGCUCAUCGUUUACUUUGGCAAUCUUGUCGCCUCUUACCUCAUGUCAUUUUGCAUUUCUAUCGCUUUCGAGGCACCAGUUGUAAACCUUUUGAAGAUCUUCUUUACUGGAAAAAAACGGACGAGAUAGGACACAAAAUUUAUCGUCUCUUGACAUACGAGAAAAUCGAGA